AACUGGAACCUAAUCGAUCCCCGACUAAUCGAACAUUAAACUAAACCGUAAUGGACAAGCAGCUGGAUCCACUGAAAAUAUCUUGUAACCCUUAAUAAACAUGAAAUAAAAGGGUGGUUUACACUGAGAAGGAUGAACACAAACGUGGACGAUAUUCUGCACUGUGAGGAGCAGCUGAAAAAUGCACUACACUGUGAUGACAAGGAGAAGCUUCGUAGGAAGCUGGCACAGUUAAAAAGAGAGUAUCUUAAGACAGCCCAAAGACUAGAGCGUGCUGAGCGUUUGGAAGCAGUGCAGAGGCAUGUGAGAAGUAGGAUCACUCAGCAGAACCAACAGGAUGAGAGAGCCCCAGGGGUUACAUCUAAUCCUUGUCUCAACUCUUCAGUUCAAAACACAAGCAAUGCUACAAACACAGACAUGGCUCCAUGCCAAGAGCACACUGAAGGUGCAGCACUUUCCGAUACAUCCAGAAGAAGUCAGAUGAUCAGGUUCAUGCUCCCCUCUGAUGCUGCUUGCCCACAAACCCCCGAUCCCAGUCAUGAUAGAGGCCACAAAUCCAGCACUGCCCUGCGACUCCGAUCCCGACGCAGCCGCCAACGUUGGGAAAGGAGGAGUACUGAGGCAGACAGGAACACGGGUAACAGUGAACAGAGUGAAAGCCUGGAAAGUGCUACAAUACUUAACCAAGAGGGGUUAGAUAAGUCAAAGGAAACAGAUGCUGUGGAUGAAAGUGAAGAGCUAUUUUCCAGUACAGGUUCCGAGUCUCCCUCUCUGCUACUUACACACUGGAACACACAAGGCAACACCGAAGCAGGAGGUGUAAUGGAAAAGGAGCUGCAAAUACAGCAAAAGCAAAGGGAACCAGAGACUGAUUUGGAAGUUGAAGGGAAAUGUUGCAAUCCUGCUUUAAGCACUGAAGAAAAGGGACUGAAUGUAACAGAAAAUGGAAAAAAGGACAUGGUAAGAAGGAAAGUUGGUGCCAGAUGUAGGAUACAACGGGAAAUGGGAGAAUGUAAAGAAAACAACAAUGAAAACACUGAACAGAAUGCAGCUGAGACAAUAGAAAGUAAAAAAUGUCAUGAUGAUCUUGUGGAAAUGAAUAAAGGAAAGAAAGGUAACACUGAAGAUGGAAAAGCUGUGGGCCUCUUAGACUCUUGUACUUUAGUGGACGGACUACUUUUCCCCGUGGAGUACUACAUUCGAACUACAAGACGCAUGACAUUUUCACAGAGUCAGCCUGACAUGCAGGCUGUCAUACUCUCCCAGCUGAGCAUGGGGCGGCAACGCAGGGGUCGGGGUCGUGGCAGAGGAUUAAACAGGGAAAUGCACACUCGGACAGAUCUCUCUUCUCCCACAGCUGCAUUCACAUCUCCACCUCUUAAUGUGUGUGUGCCAGCUAACAAUGCAUCUGCUGAGUGUAGUCAGAGUUCCAGUGAGAUUUCAAAUCCCAUCACAGCUUCCCAUCCACCACGAGGCAGGAGGAAGAGAAGAGGCAGGGGUAGACCUCGGACCUCACAAACCCCCCUUAAUCAAAGCAACCAUCAGCUACAUUAUAAACAAAGUUUAGGGAAUCCCAUUCCCACCAGCACCUCAGUGUCUUCCUCACAGUCUCCCCAUAAAGCUGAAGGAACAAACUUCAGUCCACAAGAUACUGUUCCAGAGCCAGAUGGUACCCAGUCCUCAUCCAUCCACAUCCCUGCAACUUCCCAGACUUCUUCAGGAGUUGAUAAAACUCUGUGCAGCCCUGUCUCUGAAAAUCCAAAGAAGAUCUAUCCCAUCUUUUUGAAGAGCAGCAUUAAGACGAUCAACCCCCCUCAGAUGAACAGAGGCACAUCAAGCUGGCCGUCUCUUCUGCUGCCAUCGUCCUCCUCACCACCACAAACAUCUCUGCUUCCUCUCCCCUCUUUGUCUCCUGGCUGGCUAGUCAGCAACCUGACAAAGUUGGACAUCCACCAAGAUUUUCACCUUCCAGAUGAUCAGUUUGCCUGUUUGAAACUGCACAAGCUCCGACAAGUUGCAGUGGAAUCUGGACUUGAACAUUUUUCAACACCAUCUCACAACACACGCAGCAGCAUCCGACGCAUUAACCUAGGCUAUACCAGUAGUGAUCAGCUGACGCCUCUUCAUCUCCCAUUUAGCUUCACGCCAGCAAUUGCAAACUCACCCCAUCCCAGUGGAGCACAGCUGCCUGCUACGCAACAUUUAGGUCUCCAGAGCUUGCCAGAGGACCAUGUUCUAAGUGAUAAAUUAAAAAAUGAGUCAUUAGCUAAAGAGUUGUCUGACCAAAAUAUUACUGAAAUGGAUGUAAACCUCCAGACAGAAACUCACAACAACCCAACAGAAUCUUUUUCAGUGGUAGAAAAGUUUACUCAAGACUGUGUUGAUACCAAUAAAGGGAAUGAAACUGUGACUUCACCCAGUCAUAACCAGAGUUGGACAUCAAUGAAUUAUAGUGACAAACCACAGCCACAUCCAAACUUUACAGACAAGCCACAAUGUGAAGUGAAUGAUUGCAUCAUUGGACACUCAGAUGACUUUCCUGCCUCUGAAAAUCAAACAGCUUGUGGUGUUGUAGUCCAUUCAUUACAGGAUCAGAGUCCUGAAGUAGAAAACAGAGCAAUCACUGGGACUCUUUCCUUUGAUAACUCUCAAAAGGAAACACAGAAGAAAGCUUCUAACAACUGCACUGCUUUACAAGCACAUAGUGACCCAAAAGCUCCAGGAGAGUCACCUGUGAAUGGCACAAAGAAGCGAUAUUCUUCAGAAGAUGCUGACGAGCAUUCUGUAUCCAGUGCACAGCUUUCUCCUAACGAAUUGUUUGAAAACAAGACUACAUGCAUCUUCACAACCCCACACCUGCCCUCAUCCACGCUAACCUCCAGCCCAGUGCUGCCCUCCAUAGGACUCACCCCAUACCCUGUUGCUGUUGUUCCCCAGCUGAAUUCUUCUCUCUCUGCCCCUUCUCUCACUCUGCCUCCUCCUCACAGCCUGUCCACACAGGCUCUCUCUCCUCCAGCUCUGUCUCCCUGUUCAACCAUCACCCACCUCCCUUCCAGCCUGCCCCCUCUCCUCCUCUCCACUCAGAUUCAGGUUUCAUGUGAGCCACCAGAUACGAGUAAUCAGUGUCAAGAAGUUGAACGUGCUGCCUGCGCUACUCAGUCCAACAUGCAGCUCCAGAGCCCAGCUAAGCUGAUGGGUGUAACAAGAGAGCAGACAACAGAAAAACAAAUGAUGCGAUGCACACACAUUCUGAAGGCCGCAGCUGGAGGCUCUCUUGUGGAUGUGUGCUGUUUUUCCAGAUCGUCAGGCGAUUUGUGUGUGGCAGCAGCAGGAAAGUGGGCUGUGUGCCUUUGGAGCCAGACCCUGGCAUCUGAUUGGAGUUUAAUACACACUUGGACCUUCAGUGAGCCUGUGGUCAACGUCUUUCCUGUCCCAGAUGCUGCUGGGCUGAUGUGUGUGACUCUUGGCCAGUUGGAAAUCAGAGAAGUGAGAAUGCUGUCAUGCUCCAGCCUCAUGCAGAUGCUGGUAUGUGAGGGGGUCAUCCAGGCAGUUGUAGGCAUGUCUGAGUCCAGAGUGGGUACCUCCUCUCAUUCAGCAUCAGGUUCCACCCUGCAGGUGUUUACGCUGUCAGACAGCAGCACCUCACCGAUUUCUCAGCCUCUUGUGUCUCCUGGUGUUUGUGUCGGGGCCCUAGCUCCUGUGGACGGAGUUUCUGAUGCUCUGAUUGGAACGGAUGAAUGUGGACGCCUCUUCAUCUGGAAUGUAAAGACAGGACAGCUGCUGUGCAGAGUCCUGCUUGGCCAUGGUUUAUCACACACAACCUGUCUCAAAGGAUACUCCUACUGUGGAAUGUUGUUAGUCCUGCAGCAACACCAGUUCCUUAGUUCUAUGGAGGAAGAGGAGAAGGAAGUUAAAAUAAAAGAUGAGAUUGUUUUGGAGGAGGAGACGAAGACGACCUUGUUCUCCGUAGUAGGUAUCAACCCUCUAAAUGGGAAGUCCGUCUUGGCUACUCGACUGCAUCCACCAAAAGCCUGGUCUGGCAGGCUAUGCGAAUCUGAUGUUACCCGGACCAGCAUAGUGGGUCUGAGUCAGAGUGGCUGUUUGUGUGUGUGGGAGCUCGGGAAGCAGGGCACUUCACAGAUGGUGGGGGCUCCCGACGGUGAGGACUGGCAGCUGGUUCGAUGGGGGGGAAGAAACAGGCUGGUGAUUGGACAUCAUAACGGAGAUGUUUCUUUACACAACUACAGCGUGGAUCAGACCUAAGAGGUUACGUUUUAAUCAGAAGAGAAGUUUUUCUUGCAUCUAAUGAGCAUAUGAGGACACAAACACAUUUUACAUCUUAUUACAAUAAUCUGUAGUACACUUAGUUAUUUCUGUGUAUCUGCCAUGGUUUGUUACAGUUAAUAUGUGACAAAGACCUUGAUUUCUGUUCUAUAUUUAGGGAGAAGAUUGUCUUUAGACUCUUGGCCAAUGAACUGCAGCAAAGCAGGUAUAUUUAAACCAUCCUAUUAGUCAGUGGCAGCUUGCUAAAAAGCUUUGUCUGAAGCCUAAUAUCAGCAUGACUGGACUGUUAAAGUCUCUCUUGUUUCCCUCCAGAUUUUGGAAAUAUAGUUUUUAUUGUACAUAUUAAAUAUCACAUACUGAAUCUCUUUGUGUGAAGAUGUUUGUUUUUAGACCACUGUACUGUCAGUCUCUUUUAUUACUGCUGCCAGUUCGACGUUUGUUAUGUGCAUGCAUAUUAUGUUAUAUUUAAAGAAAAAAUAUUGCCAAUGUUGGUAAUAAAAUUUUCAUUAAACAUUUGUAAAACUU